AUUCCAUAACCCUUGUUGUUUUUCUCUCCUCUGCUACCGUUAAAGCUUUCCUCUUUCACUCUCUCCCACCUCUCUCUUUUGCAUAUCCUUCUUAUUAACGCUAUCCAUUUCCCUUUUGUAUCUUACCUUCUCUUAGUUUCUUUGAGGUGAAGGCCUGUUCUGGUUAUUUCCCAGUUGCCCUAUUGAUAAUAAAGAUGAAGCCUUGAAGAUGUUGCAAAGACAUGGUCUUUUUCUGGUAAGAAUCAAAUAUAAAAUCUGGGGUUUUUGUAUAGGGUUAAAUGCUUGACUUAUUUCUCCUGAUCCAUUUUCGAUCUCAAAUUUGGCUGCGCAAAAGGAAAAGGAAGAAGAACCAACGGAAACCCUUUUUGGUUUUCUGGUUUUACAGCUAAAAGAAGCUAGAAAGUCAUUGUUUUUUCCUUUUACUAUCUGCUUAAUGUUCCAAACUUUUUUGUCCAAAUGCUAGAAGUAGUUGAGCUGAGUUGAUUUGCGAUUAAUUUUGGUGAAAGGGUAAUAAAAAAAGGAAUCAGAUUUUACUUACUUGAGCUAAACAGAUUACAAAAAGGUGCUGAAAAUGAGCUUAAGUGCAGCUGAGGAUGAUUCGGGGUCAGAGAUUCACAUACCGGGAGAUAUAGAGUGGCAUAUGCUUAAUAAAUCCAAGUUCUUUUUCCUUGGUGCCGCUUUGUUUUCAGGUGUAUCAGCUGCUCUUUACCCUGUAGUGGUGUUGAAAACUAGGCUACAAGUCUCAUCUGCACAAGUUUCUUGCUUUAAAAUGUGUUUCUCCAUCAUGAAAUAUGAAGGAUUUAGGGGGUUCUAUAGGGGUUUUGGUACCUCUUUGAUGGGCACAAUCCCAGCUAGAGCACUCUACAUGGGAGCCCUCGAGGUUACCAAGAGCAGUGUUGGCACUGCAACUGUUAGUUUAGGGUUUUCAGAUACUUCAGCGACUGCUAUAGCUAAUGCAGCUGCUGGUUUGAGUUCAGCCAUGGCUGCUCAACUGGUUUGGACCCCGAUCGACGUUGUGAGCCAGAGGCUUAUGGUUCAAGGGUACAAUGAUGUCAAAAACGUGAACCCCAAUGUGAGUUUUUGUAGAUACAGGAAUGGUCUUGAUGCGUUUAGGAAAAUUGUGUAUGCAGAUGGUCCUAAAGGACUAUACAGGGGAUUCGGGAUCUCGAUCUUGACGUACGCCCCGUCGAACGCCGUUUGGUGGGCGUCUUACUCCGUUGCACACAAGCUCAUUUGGAGUGGUAUCGGUUGCUCGGUGUAUAAGAAAGGCGAGAGUGGUUUUAGGCCUGAUUCGAAGGCCUUGGUGGCUGUCCAAGGACUAAGUGCUGCCAUGGCUAGUGGCAUUUCGGCCUUGAUCACCAUGCCACUCGACACCAUCAAGACCAGGUUACAGGUGCUGGACAGUGAAGAGAAUGGGGUAAGAAAACCGUCGAGCGUGCCGCAAACGGUGCGGAAUCUCGUGCAAGAAGGAGGGUUGGUUGCUUGUUACAGGGGAUUGGGACCACGAUGGGCAUCGAUGGCUAUGUCCGCCACGACGAUGAUCACGACGUACGAGUUCUUGAAGCGGCUAUCACUAAGACCCGAGAGCCCAUGACAACAUGAAAAACAGAGGCCGAGGGUUUUAACCAGUUUGCUAUGUAAGGGAUUACUAACUGUAAAUUUUUUUCUUCCUUUGGCUUGUUAAUGAUGACCUGCAUGUUAAUGUAAAAAGUAUAUCUAGCAGUUUGUUCUUUCUUUUUUU